AUAAAUUUAUCUCUAAUUAUGUGAUUUUGUAUGAAUUUUGGCUGUAUACAAUGGUCGUUUAGGUUAUUUGAUCUUUGAAAAUGGCCUGUAGAGAUCUAAUGAAUGUUUUGCAUUGUUCGUAUCUGUUAAUUGAGCAAUUUGAAUUAUUCUUUUAUUUAAUCCCCUUUCAUUAAAUAUUCUGUGGUUUUUCCAAUUCCUUCUAUAAAUGAAAGCAUCUUAUAGUUUUUUUUUUCUUGAAUAUUUAUGGCAAUAAAAAUGUUGCUUUUAAAUUUACUUGCGAUUCUCAUGAGGGUCAUGAAGUUAUACAAGGGGUUUAAUGAGUUGUGCAAAAGGAUUUUAUUUUUUACUUUUCCCGUUGUUCUUGUAAUGAAUAUUUUAAAGAGUUUGUGAUUCUUUUGUCAAAUUCAUUUAAUUUGCUUUAAUGUAUAUAUAAGUCUCUGUCUUGUGGAAGGCUGAGUAGUAGUUGAUAUUUUGAUUGUCUAUCAACAACUCGUAGAGGACAGAGGAACAGACUGGGGUAUGAAAUUUUGAUUUGAAGGAAAAGGGUUUACAGGGAUCAUGUUCUCUUCACAGAAUUGGAAGUUCUCAUAUACCCUGGCGGCAGCUAUUGGCUCGAUUUUUGCAUUGCUCUCGGUUGUUCAUUUUUUCCUAUAUCCUGUGGUUCCUUCUCUUGACUACUUUAGCCUCAGUCAGGCUCAGAUUUCUUGUCUACCAGUAGAUGGAUCCACUGAGGGAGUCAAGAAAAGCACACCUAAAAAUGGAUCCAUUCGAGGUGGCAAGAUGAUUUUUCCAGCAAAUGGGUCGAUUCAAGUAACCAACGAGGAUGCUGAUCAAAACUUGCAGACAGUGGUUGAUUUAAAUGUCCAAUUUCCAGCAGACUUGCAUAAUUCUGUUUCUUAUCAUGGCGCUCCAUGGAAAGCUGAAAUUGGACGGUGGUUAUCUGGCUGUAAUUCGAAUACCAAAGUGGUGAAAAUGGUUGAGAAAAUUGGUGGCAAGAGCUGCGAAUACGAGUGUAGCGGUCAGGGUGUCUGUAAUUAUGAACUGGGUCAGUGCAGCUGCUUUCACGGCUUCAGUGGGGAAGGAUGUUCAGAAAGACUAAAUUUAAGUUGCAACUACCCUGGAUCAAAAGAGGAGCCAUAUGGGCACUGGGUUGUGUCUAUUUGCUCGGCUCAGUGUGACACAACCAGAGCCAUGUGCUUUUGUGGAGAAGGCACAAAAUACCCUAAUCGUCCUGUUGCUGAGGGAUGUGGGUUUAAGUUAAACUUGCCUGCUCAACCUGGUGGUCCAUCUCUGACCGAUUGGACAAAACCUGAUCUUGAUAUUUACACUACCAAUACUAGUAUACGAGGAUGGUGUAAUGUGGAUCCUGCUGAAGCCUAUGCUUCCAAGGUGCAAUUUAAAGAGGAAUGUGAUUGCAAGUAUGAUGGUCUUUGGGGCCGAUUCUGUGAAACACCGGUAGAAAGUGUUUGUAUUAACCAAUGCUCUGGCAAUGGACAGUGCCGAGGCGGUUUUUGUCAGUGUAAACGUGGCUGGUAUGGAGUCGAUUGCAGUGUUCCAUCCGCUUUAUCAUCCAUUAGAGAAUGGCCCAGGUGGCUUCGACCUGCAAAUAUUAAUGUUCCAGAUAGUACACAAACGACGGAAACUCUUUUCAAUCUUAAUGCUGUAGUUCAAAAGAAAAGACCUCUUAUAUAUGUUUACGAUUUGCCUCCCGACUUCAAUAGUCUUCUCUUAGAGGGACGACAUUUCAAGUUGGAGUGUGUAAACAGAAUCUAUGAUCACAGGAAUGCUACAGUAUGGACCGAUCAGCUGUAUGGUGCACAGAUGGCAAUCUACGAAAGUAUAUUGGCCAGUCCUUAUAGAACAUUAAAUGGUGAAGAAGCAGAUUACUUCUUUGUUCCAGUACUCGAUUCGUGUAUUAUAACUCGUGCAGAUGAUGCUCCACACUUGAGCAUGAAGGAUCACCAUGGGUUAAGGAGUUCACUGACUCUAGAAUUCUACAAGAAAGCAUAUGAUCACAUAAUGGUCCAGUAUCCUUACUGGAAUCACUCAUCAGGAAGAGAUCACAUCUGGUCCUUUUCAUGGGAUGAAGGGGCUUGUUAUGCACCUAAGGAAAUAUGGAACAGCAUGAUGUUAGUCCACUGGGGCAAUACAAAUUCGAAGUAUAACCAUUCAACAACAGCUUAUUGGGCUGAUAACUGGAAUCAGAUUUCGUCACAAAGAAGAGGGAGUCAUCCAUGCUUUGAUCCAGACAAAGACCUUGUACUUCCUGCCUGGAAGCGCCCUGAUGAAGGUUCCCUGAAUGCUAAACUUUGGGAUAGGCCUCGCGAGGAACGGAAAACACUAUUCUAUUUCAAUGGAAAUCUUGGACCGGCUUAUGAACAUGGAAGACCUGAAGCAACGUAUAGCAUGGGCAUAAGGCAGAAAGUUGCUGAAGAGUUUGGUUCAAGUCCUAACAAGGCAGGAAAACUUGGGAAACAGCAUGCAGAAGAUGUGGUUGUAACUCCACUGCGUACUGAUCAUUAUUACGAGGAAUUGGCAACUUCCGUUUUCUGUGGGGUUAUGCCUGGAGAUGGAUGGAGCGGUAGAAUGGAAGAUAGUAUCCUGCAAGGUUGCAUUCCUGUGGUCAUUCAGGAUGGGAUCUACUUGCCCUAUGAGAAUGUUCUCAACUAUGAAAGCUUUGCCGUAAGAAUUCAUGAAGAUGAAAUUCCAAAUUUGAUAAACAUUCUGCGGAGAUUUAACGAGACGGAGGUAGAAUUCAAAUUGAGCAAUGUGAGGAAGAUCUGGCAGAGAUUCUUGUAUCGUGAUUCUGUUUUGCUUGAAGCCGAGAGGCAAAAUGCUACACUUGGACUUGUUGAGAAUUGGGCCAGGAAGUUCUCUGAACUAAGUGAAGAUGAUGUCUUUGCCACACUCGUGCAGGUUUUGCACUACAAGUUACAUAAUGACCCUUGGAGACGAGAGGUUGUCUUUCCCAAAAAGGAGUUUGGUGUACCCGGAGAAUGUGUAAGGAGGUAGCAAAUAGCUGCAAGUUUCAGGAGAAUGCAACUGCUAGGGGGUGGGCGGAUUCUCAGCAUAAAGUACAGUGCUGCUGCUCUGUAGCUUGACCGAAUGCAUCAAAAUAAAGCUGCAGCAAAAGGAGCAGCAAUUUUGAACAAGACUUGGAUCAUCAAUCAAUAGUUUCUGCAGAAAAUAGAGUUUUCUUUUAUUGUUCUGCCAUUUGUUUGCAUUGGAUGGUAGGUUUCUUACUGCUAUAGAAACAAUAUUUUAAAGAAUAUAUACAAAAUAAAGAAAAAAUUCAUUACUUGUUGCUUUCCACAAAUAUUACUUAUAAUGUGAUUUUAUAGAGGUUUUUGUAA